AUGGCCACGAUCGAUAAUGAUCCUCUGUUCACCUCGCUGUGCAGUUCGAAAACCCUUCAAUCGCAGCAGGAAGGCUUCUUCAAUGCUUUCUACCACACGGUUGCGGAAAACUUCACCGGCAAAAGUGAACACUGGUUGCGGGAUGUGUUUGGUCGGGUGGUACCUGGUGAUGAUUGCACCAAACUGCAGCUGAUGUUCGAGGAUCCGACGGUCUGCUUUGAGGUGCUCGGUACAUUGGAGCACGUAAAACCGGUGUUCCGUGGUAAGGAUGCAAAGUUUAGCUGGCAGCGGAGGGAGCAGGCUCUCAAACUACUACACGGAGGCAAAAUCCAGCAGGCCCUGCUAAUGGCUUGCCAGGCAGUGAUAAAAGCUCCCCCGCAAGGGAUCGACUUACACAUCGACCAAGGAAUGACACUGGCGUGUGCUUUAUGGACCAGGUCCGAGGUGCUGAUCGGAGCGCUGGAUGGCAAACGUGCGCUGGUUGAUUUACAGAUGGCUGCCAAAGCCGGUUUUCCCGUGAAGGAAAAUGCCGAGUACUACGGAAGGAUGGCUAAAUGUUAUGCUUUGAUCGGUGAAAUGAAGCGAGCAGAAAUCUCGAUCAAACUAUACCAUCAGUUGUCCGGACACAAUGACUAUGCUCAAGGACGUCUUCGAGAGGAUAUUGAAACUCUGAAAGUUUUAAAAUCCGAAGAAGAUCCGGUGAAGUCGCAUUACGAAAGACGAACGUUGCCUCGGCUGAGCGGCGAUGAAAGUAAGGAACUGUGCAGUGCAUCGUCGAAACUGAAGCUCAGUGGAAGCCGCGGAGAUGCCAGCAAAGGACAGUACAUCGUGGCCGCCGAAGAGUUGAAGCCGGGCGAAACCAUUCUUGUUGAGUCCGCGUAUGGUGCUUGUCUGUAUCAAAAGUUUUUCGGUACGCACUGUAACCAGUGCUUUGCAAGAUUGGUAGCCCCUAUGGCCUGUCCGGAGUGUUGUGGAGUGGCUUUUUGCUCGCCGGAGUGCCGCGAUCGAGCUUGCUCCGGAUAUCAUCGAUUCGAAUGUCACUAUUUGGAUUUGAUGAUUGGUUCUGGGAUGUCCAUUCUUUGCCACUUGGCACUGCGGCUUGUGACUCAGGCGGGAACUCCGGAAAAGGCAAUCGAAAUGGGUAAAGAGUUGCGCGAAGCACUCUGUGCUCACUCAGAAUCGCGGAAUCAGGAGGACUAUUUUCAGCGAUCUUUAAUGGCUGCCUUUUUACUUCGUUGUCUUCAAAAGGCCGAAUUCUUUGGUCGUCGUAAAACGGAAGCACCCGAACCAACACCAGAGGAGGCUCAAAUUGGCGGCGUGCUGCUAAACUUAUUGCAGUCACUUCAGUUUAAUGCUCAUGAGGUUUAUGAAACCAAAAUAAGCGGCGAUCAUCGUUUCGAUACGGCAAAAGUUCAAUAUAUCGGAGUCGGAGUAUACAAAACCGGUGCUUUACUGAAUCAUGACUGCUACCCAGGAGUGUUACGAUCGUUCCACGGAACAACGAUGGUCCUUCACGCCAGUCGUACGAUAGCUAAGGGAGUGAACGUUCCUGAAAACUACGGAAUGCACUUUCUGCGUCAUUCAGUGGCGCUGCGACAACGGACGCUUCGUUCCCGGUAUUGGUUCCAGUGCGACUGUAAGACCUGUUCGGAAGAUUGGCCUCUAGUUGAUAAACUAACGGAUAAACCGAGAUUUCGUUGUCCCCAGCCGGAGUGCGAUAACGUUAUGAACUAUCCUCACAAGAAGGCCUUUACAGUGAAGUGUUGGAAGUGUAAAAAGACAGUAAAUCUGGACGCUUCGAUCAAGAUACUGAACCAGUGCGAGGAAUUGUACGCAAGCGGUGCCAAAAUGAUGGAGGAAGAACGUACGGAGGAGGCCAUUGAGCUGCUGUGCCGGGGUAUUACGCUUUUCCAUCAGAUCGCUGUACCGCCCCACAAGCCAACUCACAUGGCCGAAGAAUCGCUGCGAGUUUGCUUUGCCGAUCAGGCUAGUGUUUAUCGAAUGGAGCCGAAUGUUUUGAUGCAAUAG